UUCGUGUGUUUUGAAUUUUACUUCACAUUCAAAACUAUUUAUCAAAACGUUCAUAGAAUAUCUUCCAAAAAAGAGAUGAAGACCAAAGUUCUUGGAUAUGUCGAUUACAUUGUGUUUGGACUCUCUCUGGUAAUAUCGUUGGUAAUUGGGGUCUAUCACUCUCGCUCUGGUGGGAAACAGCGCUCGGUACAAGAGUACCUGAUGGGGAAUCGCCGAUUCACUUGUCUUCCGGUGGCACUGUCGCUGCUUGUAACAUUUCAGUCAGGCAUCAGUUUGUUAGGACUUCCGGUGGAGAUUUACUACUAUGGAACCCAGAUCUACAUGGGGAUCGUGGGUCUGGUUGUCGGCUAUACCAUCGUCGCCAUUUUCAUUGUCCCUGUUCUUCACCCACUUCAAAUCACUAGUGUGUAUGAGUAUCUGGAAAUGAGGUUUCAGUCUAGAGCAGUAAGACUGGUAGGGUGUCUUCUAGGACUUCUGUUUACGAUGACAUACAUGGCUGUUUGUCUCUUCCUUCCGGGCCUGGCAAUGGAGUCAGUGACUGGAUUCCCCAAAUGGGCUUCCAUAUCCGUUGUUGCUGUCGUUGUUAUAAUUUACACUAUGUUGGGAGGAAUUAAAGCCGUGGUGUGGACGGAUGUGUUUCAGUUUGUCGUUAUGUUGGCCGGUAUUUCGGUACUCCUAAUAAAGGUCUAUUAUCAGAGAAGUGUAGAGGAACUAUGGGAAACAGCCAAAAUCGAAGAUAGGCUUCAAUUUUUCAAUUUUGAUGCUGAUCCGACGAAUAGACAGACAUUUUGGGCAGUUACCAUAGGAACUAUUACCUCAUGGAUAGGAAACGCUUUGAGCCAAUCCGGAAUUCAAAGGAUUUGCGCAACCGAAUCUAUAGGAGAAGCAAGAAAAUCGGUAUUUUUUAACAUACCAGCGGCUGUUUUAUAUGAGACUCUGAUGACUUUUUUGGGUGUGACUAUGUUUGCUUAUUUCUCGCUUGCCAAAUGCGGUUUACAAGGCGCCGGAUUGGUCCAUAGUUCGAAUGAGAUUGUGCCGUAUUUCAUGAUGGAGCAGCUGUCCGAUAUUCCCGGAUUGGCGGGACUAUUUCUUGCGAGUUUGUUCAGUGCUACAUUAAGGAAAAUCGCGAUGCUACGAAAAGUCACAAUGUCGUCAGGACUUAGCGCAAUAUCUGCCCUGGUUUGGGAGGACAUUAUUCAGCCUUACUUCCAAUGCUUCACGCUGCGACAAGGUUCUAUUGUCACCAAGGCUACAGUUUCUGUUUUUGGUGGUAUAAUUGUCGGAAUGUCAUUUCUUGCCAUGAAUUUACCUGGCACAAUAACGCAGAUUACAUUAGGGACCCUAUCUGCCACAUCAGGACCUCUUGUGGGAGUUUAUCUUUUGGGAAUGAUUUUUCCAUGGGCCACAGCCAAAUCUGCUGUCGUCUCUGGGGUUCUUGCGUUUUCUCUAUGUCUUUCUAUGACGAUUGGAUCGAACCUAUACCCCACUAAAUACCCUCAACUCGACCCUAUCCCUACGUAUGGCUGUCGUGGUUUCAACUCCACACUAAAACCCCUAUAUAAUGUCUCAAUCCAUUCCGUCAAUACCACAAUUAGUGAGCAAUAUAAUGGAAGACUGAUUGACAACAUUCAACCUUUUCAUGCAGUAAACUAUACGCUGGUUCCACCCACUGGACAAAGUGAAGAUAACAAUGCGCCUUGGUUAUUCCGGGUCUCGUUUCUAUGGUACCACGUGACUGGUGUCGUCACCACUCUCAUUAGUGGAACCAUUCUUUCUAUCGUUUCAGGAGGAUUUUCUGACAUACCAUGUGAAGAGAGGUUUGUCUUCCUAUUCGUCAGAAGACUAAAUUGCUACCGGAAGCGAUUGAAAAUCAAGCAGCCAUUGGCCCAUUAUACAGAAUUCAGGGCUUCCUUCCGGUCAAAAUACGACGACGAAAAUCGUGCAUCUUUCCGUUCCAUAGAAAAACACAGUGAAACUCGCUUGCAGAGCAGAUAAGCAUGACUUUAAUGAUUCGGGGAGAUAAAAAAAAAAAAUACUCACCGUUGGUGGAAUGCACUGCAUCUUUUAUCAGAAGCACUGUCGGACAGAAGUAGAAAAAAUGUCAAUUUCAAAAUAAAAUUAUUAAUUAUAAAAAUAGAAA